AUGGAUCCAACAGCACCCUUCAUCCUAUCAAUAGACGCAUCAAUUAUUGGCAUAAGCGGUAUAUUACGUCAAACUACUGAACAUGGCACUCUAAUAUGUUAUUAUAAAUCGCGUACAUUGUCCGACACCGAAAAACGUUAUGAUCCAAUGGAACGCGAGGCAUUAGCUAUGUAUUGGAGUAUACAGCAACUACGAGAAUAUAUUGACGACUCUUAUUUUUCGAUAGAAACGGAUAGUCAACCAUUGAUCAACUUCCAUAAAAAACAAAUUGAUAAUAAACGUGUUAUGCAUUGGCUAUUUAAAUUGCAAGAUAUUAUUCCACAAAUUACUGAAGUCAAACACUUGUCUCGUUAUAAGAACACUGGUCCCGAUUACCUUUCGAAACACUCGAUCUCCUCGACAUCGAAAAAGCCCAUCCAUGAUAACGAUUGGCCUCAAGGAACUGAAACAUGGGAAAUUAAACCACAACGUCCGCCAUCUACGUUCUUCGCACAACUAAAUGCUGUCAUUACGCGUCAACAAGCUAAACGAUUACUACCAGCUCCGCUCCUGACAACUUUCAUGGCAACUCAUACAUCUCUUUCAUCGGCGCCAGCUACAACUACAAGUCCCUCUCCACAAUUGUUCGACUUCAGCCUAGAUCGUAUUAGAAAAGAACAAAUGGAAGACACUGAUAUUAUAGAAAUACUUAACAUGGCCAAACAAAAUCCGUCAAAAUCGUAA